CCUCCACCGCCGCUGGGAACGCCCCCUUCUCCACGGCCCCCGACCGAACUUUUCUCCAACUUCUGAGACCCGUGAGAUUCCCUCCUUAGUACCCCGGCCCUCAGGAUCCCUUUGCCCAUCCCUGGGCCCGUCGGAUCCCUGGGAUCCACUCGAUCCCCGACUCAGAGACUCCUGUCCUCCACCCCCAGGGUCUGGUGAAUCCCCUCGGGCCCCCUUCUUAAUUGGAUCCUCUUCUUAGAGCCAUUGGAUUCUGCGAUCCUACUCCCCCCCACCCCCUCCGCCCGCUCUCUUCUCAAGCCUUUCUCUCCCCAAGGGGCCUCUGGAUCCUGGGCUCUCCUGAUCCCUGAGAUCCCGACCUGCUAGGUUUUCUUGAUUUCUUAGAAUCUCUCAAUCUCUGGGUGCCUCAAACCAUUAGAUCUCUCCUUUAUGAUUCCCGGGCGUCUGAUCCACUGGAUCACCCUUCUCUAAUUUCCCAGGGUCCCGCCAUCCUCGAGUGCCCUCAACCUGCUAGGUUUCUUUUCUCGUAGCCCCGGGAUCCCCGCACUCCCGCUACCAGCUUACGAGCUCCCUUGGAUCCAGUGACCCGGGGUCCCCGGACUCCUUCAGCCGGAUCCCGGGUGGGCGCCGGGCGGCCGGUCCCGGGCCUCUCCCCUAUGGCCGCCCCCCCCUCCCAUCUCGCCGGGCUCCCAGGCUCUCCCGGGCCUGGGUCUCCUCCGCCCCCCGGCGGCUUGGAGUUGCAGUCGCCGCCACCGCAGCUGGCCCAGAUCCCAGCUCCGAGCUCCGGGGUCUCCUUCCACAUCCAGAUCGGGCUGACCCGCGAGUUUGUGCUGCUGCCCACCGCCUCCGAGCUGGCCCACGUGAAGCAGCUGGCUUGCUCCAUCGUGGACCAGAAGUUCCCCGAGUGUGGCUUCUACGGCCUUUACGACAAGAUCCUUCUCUUCAAACAUGACCCCACGUCGGCCAACCUCUUGCAGCUGGUGCGCUCAGUUGGAGACAUCCAGGAGGGCGACCUGGUGGAGGUGGUGCUGUCGGCUUCGGCCACCUUCGAGGACUUCCAGAUCCGCCCCCACGCCCUCACCGUUCACUCCUACCGAGCGCCUGCCUUCUGCGAUCACUGCGGGGAGAUGCUCUUCGGCCUUGUGCGCCAGGGCCUCAAGUGUGAUGGCUGCGGACUGAACUACCACAAGCGCUGCGCCUUCAGCAUCCCCAACAACUGCAGCGGGGCCCGCAAGCGCCGCCUGUCGUCCACGUCUCUGGCCAGUGGCCAUUCCGUGCGCCUCAGCACCUCUGAGUCCCUGCCCUGCAUGGCCGAUGAGCUGAGCCGGAGCACCACCGAGCUCCUGCCUCGCCGGCCCCCGUCCUCCUCCUCCUCCUCUUCUGCCUCCUCCUACACGGGACGCCCGAUCGAGCUAGACAAGAUGCUGCUCUCCAAGGUCAAGGUGCCGCACACAUUCCUCAUCCACAGCUACACCCGGCCCACCGUCUGCCAGGCUUGCAAGAAGCUCCUCAAAGGCCUCUUUCGCCAGGGCCUGCAGUGCAAAGACUGCAAGUUUAACUGUCACAAACGCUGCGCCACCCGCGUCCCUAACGACUGCUUGGGGGAGGCACUCAUCAACGGAGAUGUGCCGAUGGAUGAGGCCAGCGACUACAGCGAGGCUGACAAGAGCUCCCUCAUGGAUGAAUCCGACGACUCCGGGGUCAUCCCGGGCUCCCACUCGGAAAAUGCCCUCCACGCCAGCGAGGAGGAGGAAGGCGAGGGAGGCGAGGCCCAGAGCUCCUUGGGGUACAUCCCUCUAAUGAGGGUAGUGCAGUCGGUGCGACACACGACACGGAAAUCUAGCACCACCCUGCGCGAGGGUUGGGUGGUUCAUUACAGCAACAAGGACACGCUGAGGAAGCGGCAUUAUUGGCGCCUGGACUGCAAGUGCAUCACGCUCUUCCAGAACAACACGACCAACAGAUACUACAAGGAAAUCCCACUGUCAGAAAUCCUCACCGUGGAGCCCGCCCAGAACUUCAGCCUUGUGCCACCGGGCACCAACCCCCACUGCUUCGAGAUUGUCACUGCCAAUGUCACCUACUUUGUGGGCGAGACGCCCGGUGGGGCCCCAGGGGGCCCCAGUGGGCAGGGGGCCGAGGCCGCCCGGGGCUGGGAAACGGCCAUCCGCCAGGCCUUGAUGCCCGUCAUCCUCCAGGAUGCACCCAGCACCCCGGGCCACACACCCCACAGACAAGCUUCUCUGAGCAUCUCCGUGUCUAACAGCCAGAUCCAAGAGAAUGUGGACAUCGCCACCGUCUACCAGAUUUUCCCUGAUGAGGUGCUGGGCUCAGGGCAGUUUGGAGUGGUCUAUGGAGGAAAGCACCGGAAGACAGGCCGGGACGUGGCAGUAAAGGUCAUCGACAAACUGCGUUUCCCCACCAAGCAGGAAAGCCAGCUGCGGAACGAAGUGGCCAUUCUGCAGAGUCUGCGGCACCCGGGGAUCGUGAACCUGGACUGUAUGUUUGAGACGCCUGAGAAGGUGUUCGUGGUAAUGGAGAAGCUGCAUGGGGACAUGCUCGAGAUGAUCCUCUCCAGUGAGAAGGGCCGGCUGCCCGAGCGCCUCACCAAGUUCCUCAUCACCCAGAUCCUGGUGGCCUUGAGACACCUUCACUUCAAGAACAUCGUCCACUGUGAUUUGAAACCAGAAAACGUGUUGCUGGCAUCCGCUGACCCAUUUCCUCAGGUGAAGCUGUGCGACUUCGGCUUCGCGCGCAUCAUCGGCGAGAAGUCGUUCCGGCGCUCGGUGGUGGGCACGCCUGCCUACCUGGCGCCCGAGGUGCUGCUCAACCAGGGCUACAACCGCUCCCUGGACAUGUGGUCGGUGGGCGUGAUCAUGUACGUCAGCCUCAGUGGCACGUUCCCUUUCAACGAGGAUGAGGACAUCAAAGACCAGAUCCAGAACGCCGCCUUCAUGUACCCAGCCUGCCCCUGGAGCUGCAUCUCCUCCGGAGCCAUUGACCUCAUCAACAACCUGCUGCAGGUGAAGAUGCGCAAGCGCUACAGCGUGGACAAAUCUCUCAGUCACCCCUGGUUACAGGAGUACCAGACGUGGCUGGACCUCCGAGAGCUGGAGGGGAAGAUGGGCGAGCGGUACAUCACGCACGAGAGUGACGACGCGCGCUGGGAGCAGUUCGUGGCCGAGCACCCGCUGCCCGGGCCCGGCCUGCCCGCCGAUGGGGACUUCGGUGGGGCCCUGCCGCCGCAGGACCACGAGAUGCAGGGGCUGGCCGAGCGCAUCAGCGUCCUCUGAGGCCCCGUGCCCCCCGCCCUGGCUGCCCCAUGAUGCUGUGCUCCCGUCCCCGGAGAGCUGCCCUCCCGCACCAUCUCGUGGAACUGUUCCAUCUAAGGAGAAGCGGCUUCCUGCCCAAACCGGAUGGCGCACGCCCCGGGGGAGGAGCACGGCGGGUGUCCGUGGAGGGGUGUAGUUAUUUGCAACGUGAACUCCCCAGCAAUUAAAACGAACUCAUUUCUGGCCCCAUGGCCUGAGUCUCUGGCCACACCGCACUCUUGUAUCAUGAGUCUGUUGUUCACGGAGAUGGAGUUCACCCGGAAAGAGGAUAUUUCCUAAAAGGGGGUGGGGUGGGGGAGGGAUGGGAGAGGUGGCGGCGAGGGGGCUGGAAGCAGGAGGACUUUUGGAAGAAGGAGCCACAGGGAUGGGAAACCUGGAGGGAGGACUGCCAGGAGGGAAGUCUGGAAGGGGGAAGGUACAGAGGGGAGCAGAAGGAGGAUGGGGAAGCGGAAAGCAGGAAGAGUUCGAAAAGGAAGGAGUAAGCCCGGAGGGGAGGACGGAUGCAGGAGCCCGACUGGAGGCUCGGAGGGUUUGGAGCAAAGUAGUCCCGUUUGAUCCACUGUUUUGGUUGGGGACAUUACUACUAAUCACAACCACUGAUGAGAACAAUGCAGUUAGCGCAAGUCUGGUCCGGGGUAGAAACCUGAUGCGCAAUAUUUAGUAUUUUCUUUUAAAUCGAUGCGGUGACUUCUCUACGCACAGAAUGUGUUCAUUCACUGGGUCAUCCAUCUGUCACACUGUGGUGGGUGAUGCUGGGGACACAGUGGUGACUGAGACCGCCCAGGCUCUGCCCUCAGGGGGUUCGCCAUCCAGCGGAGAGAGAGACCCGUCCCAGGACAGUGAAGACCCAGAGUGGGUAUGGCUGGGUGAGUCUCAAGCGAGCCUCGGGGUCGGGAAGGCCGGUCUUCUGAGCUAACUUCUCAAGCUUCAUCCCGGUCCUGAGAUUGUAGGCAGAGGGAUCGCUCCACCUUUGACCCCUGCCCUCCAGCUCCUCAUUGUCACCCAGACUAUGUUUUUAAUGUUUAUUUAUUUUUGAGAGAGAGAGAGAGAGAGAGAGAGAGAGCGCCAGUGGGAGAGGGGCAGAGAGCCAGGUGACAGAGGAUCCGAAGCGACUCCACAGUGACAGCGUAGAGCCAAAUGAGGGCUCGAACUCACAAACUGUGAGAUCAUGGCCUGAGCCGAAGUCAAAAAUCAGACACUUAACCGACUGAGCCAUCCAGGCUCAGUUUGUUUGUUGGUUGGUUGGUUUGUUUGUUUAAUUUAAAUUUUAGCUAGCAUAGAGUGCGAUAUUGGUUUCAGGAGUAGAAAUUCAGUGACUCAUCCCUUACAUAAAACACCCAGUGCUCAGCACAAAUGCCCUCAUUAGUACCCAUCACCCAUCUGGCCCAUCUCCCACCCGCCUCCCUCUGUCAACUCGUGAUUUGUUCUCCACAGCUAAGAGUCUCUUGUGGUUUGUUUCCCUCUCUUCUCUUCAUCCAUCAAUGGACAUUUGGACUCUUUCCAUAGUGUGGCUACUGUUGAUAAUCCAGAGCAACGGCUCUUUGAUUUGAAGAAGUUCAUUGGGCACCUGGGUGGUUCAGUCAGUUAAGCGUCCGGCUUCAGCUCAGGUCAUGAUCUCGCAGUUCAUAAGUUCGAGCCCCCACGUCGGGCUCCGUGCUGACAGCUCAGAGCCUGGAGCCUGCUUCGGAUUCUGUGUCUCUCUCUUUCUCUCUCUGUCCCUCCCCCACUCGUACUCUGUCUCUUUCUCAAAAAUAAAUGAAACAUUUAAAAAAUUUAAAAAAAAAGCUCAGAUGAGGGGGGCACCUGGGUGGCUCAGCUGGCUAAGUGCCUGACUCUUGAUUUUGGCUCAGGUCAUGAUCUCAUGGCUCGU